AUGCGAGCAGGUGGACCUCCAAGGGUUAAACUACAGAAAGGAGCAGGUACGGUGCCCGCUGGAGGCGAAGCGGUUGUGAGCGAAACGCAUCCCGACUCCCGGCAUAUAGUCCAUGAUCUGCAGCUUCAGGCUAGAGGAAGAGGGCUCUGCAUGGUGGGGGGACUCGGGGAGCCGUGGCAGCAGCUCUGUGCGGCACAGCAGCAAGGACCAGGGACCAUUCACACCCUGCGAGCUCUGUGUAGGAGCUGCGGGGAGGAACGGGAUUUGCUGGGGCUGGGGUGGAUUUUUUUUGGUGGCGGUGCUCAAGGAAGGGAUAGCAAACUGUGGGAUCUCAACAGCGGGCAGGAGGAGGAGGGGGAGGAGGAGACGAGGGCUUUGUCAAACCAGGUGAAGCAAAGACCGCACCGGGAAGCGGUGGUCUGCAGCCCACCGAGGCGGCCCGGAACAGAACGGGACGGUCUCAUCCCUCCAGCCGCGGCACAGGGAUGGGCAGGGAAGUGUCAGGGGGACGCUCUUUCCGUGGAGGGUCACAGUGUGCAGGACCUCCGAGAGUGCGGGGGAGCCGUGGGGAACCGCAGAGCCGGCAGCAGUGGCAUAGCCGAGGUGGGGGCACGGUGUGGCCAGGGCAGCCCACGGGGCCUGGGUAUGCGACGGGGCACGACCCGGCCCGGGGGGGCUGGAGGGGCCGGUGCGACGGGAGGCAGCACCCGCUGCUCCUCCUCCUUCUCCAUCCGUAACCCGGCGAGACACGGCGGCAGUAUCGACCGGGUUUCUUCCUAGCCCUAAUACUGGCCUAGAGGGGGCUUGUUCUGCAGCUGCUCCCCACCAAAGCCUGUUUCAUUUCCUCUUCCUAGGCAAAACCCUCAAAUCAUUCUGUAGCAGCAGUGUUGUGAACUGAGGACCAUCUUCCCAACCUCCCCUUUGCAAAAGGAAUUUUCUGAAGCAGUUGUGGCCACAGCUCAGUCAGAGAUGGAAAGAAACAGACUGAUAAAAAUCUUAGAAUCAUUUCAAUUGAAAAAGACCUUUAAGAACAUCAAAUCCUACUCGAGUUAAAUUCUAACUCUACCAAAUCUGGUGCUAAACUGCAUCCCUCAGCACCACAUAUCUGUGUUUUUCAAACACCUCCAGGGAUGGAGAUUCGCCCACAUCCCUGGGGAGCCUGUUCCAGCAGUUGAGAACCCAUCAAGGAAGAAGUUCAAGAACAUCAAAUCCAACUGGAGUUGAGUUACAUUCUAACUCUACCAAAUCUGGUGCUAAACUGCAUCCCUCAGCACCACAUCUAUGUGUCUUUAAAACACCUCCUGGGAUGGAGAUUCAUUGACAUUCCUGGGGAGCCUGUUCCAGCAGUUGAGAACCUGUCAAGGAAGAAGUUCAAGAACAUCAAAUCCAACUGGAGUUGAGUUACAGUCUAACUCUACCAAAUCUGAUACUAAACUGCAUCCCUCAGCACCACAUUUCUGCAUCUUUAAAACACCUCCAGGGGUGGAGAUUCGCCCACAUCCCUGAGGAGCCUGUUCCAGCAGUUAAGAACCCAUCAAGGAAGUUUCUUCUAACAUCCAAACUAAACUUCUCAUGGUGCAUCUUGGCACCAUUUCCACUCCUAUCAAUUGUUACUUGGUAGAAGAGACCAACACCCCAGCUUGUUAUAACCUCUUUUCAGGUAAUUGGAAGUGUUGGAUUAAUAUGUUUACUGAUGAAAAGCUUCAGAAAUUAUAACUAUGGACUGUUAGGGGGGAAGUGAAGGAGACAUUUGAAGAUCUAUACCUUUUUCCUAUGUCCUUGACACAGCAGAACUAUUUCAUAGAAUCAUAGAAUCAAGCAGGUUGGCAGAGACCUCCAAGAUCAUCCAGUCCAACCUAGCACCCAGCCCUAGACAAUCAACCAGACCAUGGCACUAAGUGCCUCAGCCAGGCUUUGCUUCAACACCUCCAAGGACAACAACUCCACCACCUCCCUGGUGGUGAUUUAAGACAUCACUUAAAGAAGCCCACAAUAGCUUAUGCUUCCUUUGCAGAGCUCAGGACUGAGCAAAGGGAGCACCUUAUAUCUGGAAGUAACUAAGAACUGUAAUUACUGUUUCUCAAAGUGUGACAAAAUCAGCUGACAAAACUCUCUGAAGUUACACAUCACUGGAGGAAAAAAAAAUAAAAGCCAAGUCCAUGAAGUUUUUC